AUGGAUUAUAGAAGAGCUCAACGAAAUUUGCAGUUAGUAAAUGGUAAUAAUAUUGAUAAUGAUUUGAAAGAGACUACAGAACUUCAAGAAAAAGAAAGACAUCCAGAAGAGGAGGCUCUAAUUAGUACACAGGUUCCGUCCCUAAAGUUUUCACAGUCAUCAGCAUCAAGUCCUGAAGAUAACAGGAGGAUAUAUAGUAGUAGUAGAAUAAGUUCCCCGGUGAAGCCCAUGGGAUUGAUAGCUGUUGAGUCUAAUAUUAUUCCAGAAGUAAAUGAUGAGGAUAAACACACAUCAGUACCUAUAGAGGUUGAAGGAACUGAGAAUAUUGUUAUUAAUGAUGACAAGAACGAUAAUGAUAUACCUGUGGGAGAUGGCAAAUCCGUUCUAAAAUCUAGAGAUGUCGAAGUUAAGAGCAACGAUGUUUCACGUAUAGAACUAGCUAAGAGUGAUGAUAUAGUACAAGAUGAUAACUUUCUGAUUAGUACACAAAUUCAAAGUCGAUUGGAUAUAGUUAAUCGUGAUUCUGAAAUGAAAGGCAAACUGAGUCAAUUCAGAUAUGCUACAAAUAAUAAUACUGAAUCCACCUCUGGUGGCAACACAGCAACGAUAAAUAACAGUAGUAGACUGACCUCUGGAUCAUCUAUGAUUGAUGAACCCAAACAAAAGAAGAUUAGAACUUGUGUAAAAAAGAAGGAAGUUACUAAAUUAACCAGAGCCCAAGAUCUUUUAAAAAAACUAUCUGGUAAGCAUAGAAAAGUUCGUGAUAUAUUAAAGGGACAGCAAGAGGCAGAUAAAAAGAAGCCUAGAGGUAAAAUACAGUUGCAGCCUUCUAAGUCGUUUGAUGUAUAUAAUGCUGAAGAAUGGAAAAAUAUUAGUUGCCAAAUAUUGAAGAAUUUUCCGAGAAGUAAUACCCAAGAUGUCAAGGAUAUCUUUUGCUAUUUGUAUGGUGAUUGUGAUGCACUAGAUAUGUGGGGGUCCUCUCAGAAGCCACCUGAAGAGUUGAUGUCACAGUACCAACCAAAUAAAUUGCAUCUAACCCAGAAUAAAAAGAAUGAUUCUGCAAGUAGCACAGAUAUGAUGAAAUUAUUAUCCUUAUCACAAGUUAUGGAAGAUACAACAGAUCACGAAAAGAGCCUGUUGAUUGUUGAUGAAAAUGUCGCUGAAAAUAUAAAUUCGUGUGACGAACAAAGCUUUUAUAUAACUCAAGAAAAUACUGUACAUGGAGACGGUAUCGAUUUGAGGAAUUUUAGCCACGACUCAGUAGUUGACAUUCCCGAUAAAAAUUUGGAUGAAGAUAAAACUGAAGCUGAAGUACAACCACCCAACAAGAAAACCGAUGCUAUUGAAAUCGAAUCUAAUAGUAUUUCUGAGAUGGACGAUAAUGUAGUUUCAAAUCCAACAAGAGUUAAUGAGCAUGACUCGAAUUGCGAUGAAGAUAUAAUAUUUUAUGAUAGUAUGGAUGAAAUGAGGGUUGAAUUCCCUACUGUGGAACAACAUAAAUUGAAUCAGUUUAAUUUUGUACCACCAUCACCGACAUUAAUACCAUUAAAUGAGACCUUGACCAAACCUACCAAAGAUUAUAAAGAUGAUGAGAUUGAUUUAACACAGGCAUCAUUCACUGUCUCGAAUGAGUUAAUUUCUCCAAUUAAACCUGAGACUGUGAUUCCAAAAGAGAGCACACCUAGAAAAGUAGGCGAUCAGACUAGUGUCACCGGUACAAUUCAGGUACCUGCCACGCGAGCCCCAACAUUAUCAUAUAGUGAUAAAUUGUAUAACGUUUCGCGAGAUGAAUAUAUAGUUAAUGCUAGAUUAUCGAACGUGGCUUGUGAAAGGGUACGUAACGGAGAAUUACCUUUCAAAUUCCCAAAUGAUUCAAAUUCGAACUCUAUUGUUAAUUCUGAUGAUACUAUAAUAUACGACUCGGACGUUUAUAAUUAUAAAAAUCUCAAUUGUGAUGAAGAUAAAGAACGUAAUAUAUUUGAAUUAAAAUAUUCUGCAAAACAAGAAAUACAACUAGAGACAUCAGAGCCCCCUAUAGAGCUAGUAUCUGAGUCUAAAAGAGUAGAAAAUGUAAUAGUAUCACAAUCCUCUGCUCAGGACCUUAGAAGACAAAUGAAGGAAAUUGGAUUAAGGCCUGUUCGAACUAAAAGUGAGAUGAUUAGCUCAUUAGAGAGUGCAUCACAAAUUCUUGGAACUACUGGUGUUGCAGGCAAUUUUAGUACAAGACAAGUGUUAUAUGAUCAUCUAACAAAAUUGAUUAAGAAUGAACCAUCACUAUUAGAGAGAAUACAAACUUUUCAACCUAUAUUACUGGAAGAAUUUAUGUAUGAAUUGAACGAGUUGGAUCCCUUAGUGAACCUGAUAGAUGAGUCAACAAUACAGAGCUGGGCGGAUGCUAAUGGAGUCAGUCUUAAACGUAGUUAA